CUCUACCCCCUCGCCGACCCCACACCAAUACGACCAUCUAUCUGCCGCCACAACCGCCCGAGAUAGCCACUGGAUCUGCCAAGCCGCUAUUCAUCUCUCUCGAAUACCCACACAGCACGAUGGUUCGCACAGCGUUUGUCUCGGUGGUUGCCCUCUCCGCGUCGGCGAAUGCUUUCCUCGCACCUGUGCCUGGAUACUCGCUCGCACGGACCGCACGUGCGUCUGCCCCGAUUAAGAUGGUGACGAGCGCGACUCCGGCAGUUAGCACAGGCGGGGGCAACAUGGUUUCGAACGAAGAGACGUACACCGCAGCCUUGAAGAAGAUGGAGGCUGAGAGCCUUGCAGAGCUCGAGAAGGCGUUCGAGGAAACCGCCAAGAAGGCGAAGGCAGAGUCUGACAAGAUCUGGGGGGACCUCGAGGCGGAAUUCGCCCAGGAUGUGGAUGAGGCGUGAACAGAGCAAGCUCAACCGAUUACAUCCGAAGUCUAUCUAGCCGAACCAGGUUUUGUAGCAAAAAACUGGAGCUGAGAGAUGACGGGUGUUCGAGUGUUGUGCUGGCCGGUUCGAUCGAAAAUUUGUGUCGAGGCCGACGUGAGACAGAAUCGGGAAGCAGUACUCGCGGCCCGUUUUACCUACCCAGCUUGGGCCUGUCGUUGUUCUUGCCCUCCUCUCUAGUGCAUGUUUGUUUCGUUCGAUUCGUGUGCUCUCUCGGACCAAUUUUUUGUGUUGUGCACGACAUGUAUCGUGCGAGAUAGACUUUUCCAGAGUGGUGCUUAGAAGGUUGGGAGGGCAGGAGGGCUAGGGAGAGAGGAAUGCCGGUCGUGUCUUCGCAUGAAUGGUACGUUUUUCGAUGAUAUCGUCGAUUGCGGCGGGGAGGACAUCGAUACGACUGCCUCUUGCCCCUUCCCCCCCCCCCCUCUCCCACCCUCUGCCAUUUUUGAAGUCCUAGGGUUUGGUAUCUCAAGGUAUAUUGAAAUUCUUAUUUUGUUCCUGGCUUCUUAGAGGUUGUUUUGAGGUUUAACAAAGUCAACUUACCGUGCGGCCGCCACGGGUAUUUGAUUGAAACGACGGAGGGAGCAAGCCAAGAGAGAUUAAACGAAAGGAUUGUACAAAGAGUGACAAGUUUUUCUCGUCACUGCUGCUCUGUUUUCUGCCAUGUGCCGAGCAUUGGACGCGAAUGAUUGGUGGGGGUUUACACCCACUCGAAUUGCUCGAGCGUUACAUGCGGCGAAUGUGAUGAAAUGGCGGUGCGAGUCCUUGUCCCCUCUGAACACGUGAGUGGUUUUUUGCUUUGGUCUUUUUUUUUGGAACGGCUUGGCGUCGCGAUAAACCUGCUCGGGUCUGGCGGUCAGAGGUAACAGCAGGUAGUGCGGCACGUCGUGGGGGAUCUGUUGGGGAGAUAUAUAUAUUUCUUCAGCGGCAUACAGUGAAAUAUAGAGUUUUUUUGUGUUCCUCACUUCACAGAAAGACGGUUUCAGCAGGCUUUGCUUUAUUGCGACGAGGUCGGUUUUCCGAAUGACGGACCACACGGCAUGAUCGGGAUAUCGCUACCGAUGGGUUCAAAAGACACGAUAAGAGGUCAGCGGAGGUCCAAAGCUUGAAUUGUAGCCGACGGAAACCGAGGCAGCCAUUCGCGAAUCGGCGGAACCAACGUGGCCGUGCCCGCAAGACCAAGCAAGCCGCAUUAGGAAGUAACACCUCAGCACGAUCCACAAGGAGGAACGGUCUGCAAAUAUCGUGGAGUAGAUCGACGAAGAGUCCUCGCUCAUGUCCCCCGAGUACAAGAGUGAACAGCGCCCAGCCAUGGAGCUAUUCGUACAAAAG